UGUGCCUGGGGGGGCUCUGUGCUCGAAAGGGUGAAGCUUUUCCCAUGCUGGAGUUGGGUCUCUAUGCUGUCUGCUGUGGGUGGGAGUGAAGAGUUUUGGGGUGCAGGGAGAGGUGGAGCAUGGGGACCCCUGUUCCUGAUUGCCCCACCCUGUGGGUGGUCUGGGGACAGAUCAGACCUGGGGUGUCUCUUGAGGGGGUCAAGGGUAGGACAAGAGAUUUGGGGGGGCGUGAUGGGAAAGGCAGGGAGGGGUCUCCCUGGGAAGGGAGCCGAAGCAGUGAACCUCACUGUGGGGUUCUCCUGGGGCUUCUCCUGCCGCAGGUGAGCCGGGUGCUGCGCCCAGGGGGCUGCUUCAUCUCCAUCACCUUCGCCCAGCCCCACUUCCGCAAGCCCCACUAUGCCCAGGAGGCCUUUGGCUGGUCGCUGCGCCACGCCGCCUGCGGGGACGGGGACGGUGCCCUGCACUACUUCCUGUACACCAUGCGCAAGGGACAGCCCCUGGACCCCCGCGACGCCGCCCUGGGCCGCCGGCUGCACCAGCCCCCCCCGGCCCCCGCCCCGCCGCCGCCCCCCGCGCCCCCGGACGACGACGAGGACUACCUGCUCGCCAUCCAGCUGUGACCAGGGGGCUUUCCCAGCCUCCCCCCACCCAAUAAAGCCUUAAGGUGCUCCAUGCUCACGGGUGGGAGGCAGGGAACCGCUGCGUCCCCCUGCAAGCUGCCCUGUGAUGUGGUAAUGGGAGGAAAGAGGGGGAUACUUGGCCUCCUCCAGGGGAACAGGGAUGCUCUGGUGAUUCUGUGCCCCCUCCCUGGCCUUUCCUUGCUGAGCUGGAGAGCAGCCAGGACUCCAGGCUUUGCAGGCAGUAAUGAAACCAAAGCGGGUUUAAUUUCACCCAUCCAUCUUGCAGGGAGUGGCUCCCUGUCCCCCAUCCCUUCCCCUUGGCACGGCCGGCCGGGCUGAGGGCAGAAUGGGGGUGCUGGCACUGGGAUUGGGGGUGCCACUGCUCCACCCCCCCCCACCCCAUCCUGCACCAGGACCCCUGCCCCAGCCUCCCUGGCCACGGGGGUGUGCAAGGGCACCGUGUCCUUGUCCUUGUCUCCCCCCAAGCAUGUGCCAGCAUGGGGCAGGUGGUGCCACAGGGCAGGAGGGCAGCACAUCUGCCUCUGUCCCCAUCCAUGCCCACUCCUGCCUGUGGUGACAGUCCCGGUGUGCCGCACACGCCUGGCCCGUGUCCCCCUGAGCCUGGGGCCAGCAGCACGGUGACACGUGUGUGCCAGGGCGGGUGACGGGUGGCCACCAUGCGCUGUGGGACUGGCUGUGCCUGUGUGCAGCCGUGGCAGGUGCAUGGGUGCCACUGGCAGUGUCCCCAGAGGCUCUUUGGGCACUCUGGGGUGGGCAGGAGGGACCCCUCCUGCGCCGCUGGCACCACCGAGGCGCAAGCUCUGGGCUGCUAUUUCGGGCAGGAGGUGUAAGUGGGUCAGCCAGCAGCUCCCCCUGCACCAGGAGCCCGAGAAGGGCUCCGGGGUCAGCCCCCGUCCUGGCCAUGCCACCCCAGCCCACAGGCACCCCAAAAAGCAGCUGGCACGAGGAAGGGACAGAAAGGAGCAGGCGACUGCCGGCUUCACCUGGGUACAUGAAUGUAUUUUAUUCAUUGCAUUUUGUUCACCAGUACAGUGAAAAAUGGCAUUUAAAUUUACAAUGGAUCAUUCGUAGAACAUCAUGACACAAGUAUCUUUUUUUUUCUUUUUUUUUCUUUUUUUCCUCAGUUUUUUGUUUGUUUUUUUUUUGUUGUGGGUUUUUUGUUGUUUUUUUUUGCGUCGUUGUCUCCAUAAAUGCCACUCGUAGGUUAUUGAAAAAGAUGACAAGUUUCUCAUGCACAUCAGAACCCCCCGAGAAGCUUCUUAAAAAAUAAAAUUAAAUUAAAGUACAAAAUUAAAAACAACGACUCAGGCCGGUCCCUGCCCUCCCCACUCUCCCCCGACCCCACCACCCUCAGGCGAGGGGCAGUGCUGGGACCCCCCCGGCACCUGCAGCUGGCCCCGGUGGGCUGUGCCCGGUGCUCGGGAAGGAACUGCAGCAGCCGGUGAUGCUGCCAAACCCUCCGGUGCUCCUGCUGCCUGCCAGCGGGGGUCGGGCCAGGGGUCCCUGCUCCCCUCCCUCCUCCUGUGGCUUUCCUCGUGCUCCCUCCAUCACUCUCGCCCCCCUUUUAAUUUUUGCCCUCGUUUUUUUCUUCUUUUUUUGUCUUUUUUUUUCUUAUGGAAAAAAAUAUGAACCUUUUUUUUUUUGUUGUUGUCGGUUGGUCGGUUGUUUUCGUUUGUUUUCUCGAUGCAGUUACUUUGACAUCUCAACGUCAGCAGAUCGUUUUUAACAAAGAUUCGGAUAUAAAAAUACAAAUAUGAGGAGUUUCUGUUUAAAAAGAAGC